AUGUUCUUCAAGCAAUGGGACAUGGAUUGCUAUGCGAGCGUCGGCACCUUCCUGUACAACAACUAUCGGCAGGCACUCGAUAUCCUCAAUAGUGAAGCUGUGCAAUUUGACAAAGCAAAAGGGUCACUUGGCAUCACGGAUGAUGACAUCGCUCGAUGGUGUAAGGAGAAGGUGGAGUACUUUGCAAACAUCGAAGAGGAGUCGGAGUGGGAUGUUUGGGCGGUGGCCUAUGUUGAGUUGCUACAAGAAUACUAUGCCCUCGAGGAGCAGCAUGCAAACGCAACGGCAAGCUUCCUGAUGACAACUCCUUCCGACUACGAAUUCAUGUCGCCAUCAUUGACCGGCAAGUCACAUCCCAUCUACAGUCAAGAACUUUCACGGACGCACAAGCUUGAGCGACAACGGCACCAUGUAUCUGAACGUCGCAUGCAAGUUCUACGUGAUGUGAUUGACAUGGAAGUUCGUAUGUGCAUUGUCGACCAUUGGCAGCCCACGUCGCAGGAGUACAGAAAGACUAUGGAGUACAUCAGGCAUCGCAAGUACCACCGCGCAGUUGACAACCUUCAGCGGCUGGUCAUUCAGCAGCUGUUCGAGUUGCACAAUAUGAAUCUCGCACAGACCGCAUAUCGCAUACGGACACAUAUCGUAAAAUCAUUGCAAACACGCUGCAAAGCUAUUCACAAUGCAGUUGAUACCUACAAUGCACUUGCUGUCAAGAUGACACCACCACGCCCGACACUUGACUGGAACAAGGUGACGCAUUACACGUUCCUCGAAGAAUUUAACCUUCUCCGUGACACUGGCAAUAUUCUGCAUGAGAAGCCAUGGGCUCAUCCUGCAGUGUGUGCGGUGAUGAAGCAGGCAAACCGGCUUGCGCGUGCUCAUGAAGAAUUGGAACAUCUCAAUGUCGAGAUCUGCUGA